AUGCUGGGCUGGGUCCAAAAGGUGCUGCCUCAACCCCCGGGGACUCCCCAGAAGACCCAGGCGGUGGAGGAGGAAGCAGAGGAUGCAGAACCAGAACCAGAGCUGGAGUCUGAAGCAGCUCCCGAGGAGGCUGAGCUGGAGGAGCAGAGCCCGCCCCCUGAAGAGACACCUGCAGAGCUAUUUGAGGGGUGUGAAGUGGCUGCAGCUGACCCAGGCCUUCGAGAGACACAGGAAGCUGCACCGAUUCAGCCUGCAUCCCUUCAAGCUCAGUUCACUGGGGUCCUGGAAGUUAACAGUCCUGGCAGCUGGGUGCUGACAUUACUCCGGAAGGGCAUGGAGAAGGUGGUCCCGCAGCCUGCCUGCAGUGCCAAGACAGCCCAGCAGGGGGACCCUGAGCAGGAUGGAGCACUGAUCUUUGAGCCCUGUGGCCCUGGGGACACAGGUGAGACCAAGAGGGCACAGAGGCUCAAGGUUGUGCCUGGGUCUUUGCUGCUCCGAUGGCUUGAGCAGAAUCUGGAGAAAGUGCUGCCUCAGCCCCCGAGGGCCUCCUCCCAGGACUGGAAGGAUGAGCUUGAGGAUGCUGCCUUGGAUCCAGAAGAGCCAGCUCCAGAGCCUCAGGCUGGCUUCCAGGUUUCCUCCCUGCUGCCUCCGAGGGACCCUGCCAGGUUGAUGGCCUGGCUCCUACACCGGCUGGAAAUGGCUCUGCCUCAGCCAGUGCUUCACCAGAAGGCUGGGGAUCAGGAGCCUGACUGUCCCGGGACAUGUGACGUGCAGACCAUCAGCAUCCACCCUGGAGAACAAAUGGAGCCUGACCUUGUCCUGGAAGAGGUUGACCCUCACUGGGAGAACACCCACCGGGAUGGUGGUGGCAGCAGCCCAUGGGAGACAGAGGAAGUACCGGCUUAUGAAGAAGAGGACUAUGCCAUGGAGGAGGUGCCUAGGCAGCUGUCCCAGAUUCAAGAGGAGAGAGAAGAGGAGGAGGAAGAGGAAGGAGAGCAGGAAGAGGAGGAAGAAGAGGAGGAAGCUGAUGUCCUGCUGGAUAGCUAUCUGGGGGUGCAGGCAGACGUGGAUCAGAGCGAAGGAGAAGCCCAGGACCUGCGGGACUCAGACCAGGAGCUGUGGGAAGAGGAGGAAGAGGUAGCAACAGCCAAGAGCCCAGGAGAACACCUCCCCAAUGUGCCUACCUACCGGCCCCCCAUCACCCGCAUCCCAGUCCUCGUCUCCCGGAGAACCACCUUGUCCAACUCCAGCUUCGCCAGGGAGACGCGGAGCUCCAUCCGCUGCCUAGUGCCUGCCACGAGAGAGCAUCCCGAGGUGCAGGUGGAAGACACAGAUGCUGAUGGCCAACUCCUUGUUGUGGAGGAAAAGCCCCCAUCGCCCCCCAGGCUGCCACCACCAUCGCCUGGGCUGCCACCACCGUCACCCACCAAGACUGACACCCUUGCGGUCCCACGCUCAGCCUCAGCGGCCCUCAGGAGGAAGCUGCCCUCUCCAGACGAUGAGGCUGAAGAGCUCAAGGCGCUGUCACCAGCUGAGUCCCCAGUGGUGGCUUGGUCGGAGCCCACCUCCCCGCAGGACCUUGAUGGCCAGGAUCGAGCAGCCUCCACGGCCAGCCAGAACAGCGCCAUCAUCAACGACCGGCUCCAGGAGUUGGUGAAGCUCUUCAAGGAGCGCACGGAGAAGGUCAAGGAGAAGCUCAUCGACCCCGAUGUUACCUCUGAGGAGGACAGCCCCAAACCAUCCCCAGCCAAGAAAGCUCCAGAGCCAGCAGCGGAAGCAAAGCCAGCUGAGGCACAGCAGGCGGAGGAGGAGCACUACUGCGAGAUGCUGUGCUGCAAGUUCAAGCGCCGCCCCUGGAAGAAGUACCAGUUCCCCGAGAGUAUUGACCCCCUAACCAACCUGAUGUACAUCCUGUGGCUUUUCUUCGUGGUGCUGGCCUGGAACUGGAACUGCUGGCUGAUUCCCGUGCGCUGGGCCUUCCCCUACCAGACGCCAGGUAACAUCCACCUGUGGCUGCUGAUGGAUUACCUGUGUGACCUCAUCUACCUCCUGGACAUCGUCGUGUUCCAGAUGCGCCUGCAAUUUGUCAAAGGCGGGGACAUCAUUACAGACAAGAAGGAGAUGAGGAACAACUACCUAAAGUCCCAACGCUUCAAGAUGGACGUGUUCUGCCUCCUGCCCUUGGACUUCCUCUACUUGAAAUUUGGCGUGAACCCCCUCUUUCGCUUGCCCCGCUGCUUAAAGUACAUGGCCUUCUUCGAGUUCAACAACCGCCUGGAAGCCGUCCUCAGCAAAGCCUACGUAUACAGGGUCAUCAGGACCACAGCCUACCUGCUCUACAGCCUGCACUUGAACUCCUGCCUUUACUACUGGGCGUCUGACUACCAGGGCCUCGGCUCUACUCACUGGGUUUAUGACGGCGUGGGGAACAGCUACAUCCGCUGCUACUACUUUGCCGUGAAGACCCUCAUCACCAUCGGUGGGCUGCCCGACCCUCAGACGCUCUUUGAGAUUGUCUUCCAGCUGCUCAACUACUUCACGGGGGUCUUUGCCUUCUCCGUGAUGAUUGGACAGAUGAGAGACGUGGUGGGGGCUGCUACAGCAGGGCAGACGUACUACCGCAGCUGCAUGGACAGCACGGUCAAGUACAUGAACUUCUACAAGAUCCCCAGGUCCGUGCAGAAGCGCGUCAAGACCUGGUAUGAGUACACCUGGCACUCGCAAGGCAUGCUGGAUGAGUCAGAGCUGAUGGUACAGCUCCCAGACAAGAUGCGGCUGGACCUGGCCAUCGACGUGAACUACAGCAUUGUCAGCAAGGUGGCGCUCUUCCAGGGCUGUGACCGGCAGAUGAUCUUCGACAUGCUGAAGAGGCUCCGCUCUGUUGUCUACCUGCCUAAUGACUAUGUGUGCAAGAAGGGGGAGAUUGGCCGUGAGAUGUACAUCAUCCAGGCGGGGCAAGUGCAGGUGCUGGGCGGUCCGGAUGGGAAGUCUGUCCUGGUGACACUCAAAGCUGGAUCUGUGUUUGGAGAAAUCAGCUUGCUGGCUGUCGGGGGUGGGAAUCGGCGCACGGCCAACGUGGUGGCUCACGGGUUCACCAACCUCUUCAUCCUGGAUAAGAAGGACUUAAAUGAGAUCUUGGUGCAUUACCCUGAGUCUCAGAAGUUACUCCGGAAGAAGGCCAGGCGCAUGCUGAGGAACAACACCAAGCCCAAGGAGGAGAAGAGUGUGCUCAUUCUGCCGCCUCGGGCAGGCACCCCCAAGCUCUUCAACGCCGCCCUGGCUGCAGCAGGAAAGAUGGGCAAGGGUGGGAAGGGUGGCAAGCUUGCCCACCUCCGAGCCCGCCUCAAGGAGCUAGCCGCGCUGGAGGCGGCCGCCAGACAGCAGCAACUGCUGGAGCAGGCUAAGAGCUCGCAGGACACUGCUGCGGAAGAGACAGGCUCGGCCGCACCGGACCAGCCUGCGGCUCCCUCAGAAGCCGCCUCCGACCAGCCGGCACCUCCAGAACCACCAGAGAAGCCCGAGCCACCAGAGAAGCCCGAGGGAGGUGAAGAGGUGGCUGCCCGGCCAGAGGAACCGUCCGUGCAGAUCCGCAUGAGCCCCAGCCCAGAGUCCGGAGAGCAGAUCCUGUCGGUGGAGGUGCCUGAGAAAAAGGAGGAGUGA